AUGGGAAAUAUUCCAUUAUUUUGUCCUGCGGACUACAAUUAUACUUUACCAAUAAUUCGCACAGCAUGCAUGGUCCGUAUUUCAAAUUUACUUUGUAUGUGGACUGCCAUAUUAUUUUCAUUUUUAUCAUGUUGUUGUGGAAUGUUGAGUGCUUCUGAUGAUGGUGACAAUUCACAAUACUCUCCAAAUCAUCAAAAUGAAACAGAUACAAGUCAUCAAAAUGAAAUAAAUACUAAUCCUACAUUUAUUUAUUAUGAGAUAUUUACUUUUGUUUCAUUCAGACAAAACAGAAAUUUGGGGGGAUAUUAUGCUUAG